AUGAGAUUUUCCUUCGCCACUAUUGCGGCAAUUGUCGCACUGACAACCGCGGCCCCCAUCAAACGGGACCAGGGUUCCAACGAUAACCAGGGAGGCAUUGACCAGUCCAACCUGCAAGCUCUGUGUGAGCUCGAAGAGUAUGCCCCCAAGAAAGCUGCCGCUGCCGCCGCCGCCGAGCAGCUGAACGAGCAGAUCAGUUUCCAGGCCCAGAAUGCCGACGCUCUCGCCAAGCAGAUCGAGGACAUUCACCAGCAAAUCAGCUCUGCUGGCGAUGUGACGGCGGCUAUCGUGGCUCAGGUCAUGGACAAUGUUAGCAGCGCAGCAAGGGAUAUCUUCAGCCAGCAAGUCGAUGCUGCAAAGGAGGCGGCCAAGGCUGACCAGGACGCCACAGCCCUUGUCAUUCAGGCCAUUGCUAAAAGCCUGAACGCUCAAUCCGAUGCCAUCAAGAACCUCUUUGUCUACCAGCAGGGUGGUCCUGUUGAUCCAAUUGACUCUGUUUCGAUUCCUGUUGUCGGUGAGCCCGAUUUCGGAGCUGGUCGAGGAAACGGAAACGGAAAUGGCGGUGGAGAGAACAAUGGAAACAACAACGGCAACACCAACUGGGGUGACCACGGUAAUGGAAAUGGUAACGGAGGUGGAACCAACAACGGAAAUGACAAUGGCAAUAACAACAACAACGGCAACAACAGUAACAACAACAGUGGCAACGGUGGCAACAACAGCCACAAUGACAACGGAAACAACAGCCAUAAUGACAACGGAAACAACAGCAACAACGACAAUGGAAACAACAGCCACAACGACAACGGCAACGACAACGGCAACAACAGUUUCAACGGUGGAAACAACAGCGGGAACAACAGCGGAAACGACAACAGCAAGACCUUUUACAUCAAUAAGUUUGGCUACCCUGAACCCUAUCCCCGUGGCCAGUCUCCAGAUGGAUCUGCUCCUGCUGUUGAUGCUAACGGCAAUCCCGCUGUUGCCUCCGGUCCUGCCGCCGCUUCCUCCACCAGCGAAGCAUCUUCUGCUGCUUCUACUGAGGCCAACAACGGUCCCAAGGAUGACGCUUCUUCUGACAAGUCUAGCGGUCCCAAUGGAGACUCUUCUCCGGCUAGAAUGACUGAGUCAGAUAUCCCCAAGUCUGACCCCGUUGGAGCCUCUCGUGAUGGCCCUUCCGCCAAUGAUGGACCUGGUCCGGUCAGCUCCAAUAUCGGCCCUGAUUCGGGUAGCUUCACAGGCAAUGCUGGUCCUGUUGGUGGACCCGCUCCUGAUGGUGGCAACCCUAGUCCUGCUGGAUCUUUGGCUGCUUCGGCUGGCCCUCCUACUGGUCCUCCUGCUGGUCCUCCUGCUGGAUCUUCGGCUGGCCCUCCUACUGGUCCAGAUGUUGGUCCAUCUGUUGAUGCCCCUGCUGGUCCUCCCUCUGGCCCUCCUGUUGACGCUCCAGGACCUUUCACUGGCCCUGAUGUUCCGGGACCUUUCACUGGUCCUCCUGUUAACGCUCCUGGACCUUUCACCGGCGCUGCCCCUGUCGGCGGACCUGGUCCCGCUAACGUGGCUGCUGAGGAUGCUGGCCCUGGCAUGGCUCCUCCUGUCAACGCUGCUGGUCCAGCUGACUUUGCCGAUGCCAGAGGUCCUGCUGAUCUUCCCACCGAGACUGCCCCGGACGCUCCCUUGGAUGCUCCUAUGGAUGACCCCAGAUCCCUGUAG